UUUUUGCAAAUAUUACAGAAUGGUAGAUGGCAAAAAUUCACAGGUAAAAGCCACGUGCCAGAACCUAACAGAAAUGUGAUUUGGGGCUAACUCGUGACAGCUGUGAGUGCCUGCAAUAGACAGGUACCUGCCCCCAAGCACGGGAUCAGACUUCUCCAGUUUUUGUAAUAUUUUCAAAUAAAGCGUUUCGAAUGACGCUAAUAAAACCGCGGCUGCGCGGAAGCCGACAGAUUUAGGCGCUAACAUCCCCCCCCUAUACAGCCGCCCUCGCCGGUGAAGCCUCGCAGAGCCCGGGGAAGCGCCGUGUGCCCACCUGCAGCCAGCUGCCCCCGGCUCCCCCUGACCCAGGGCAGCCGGAGCUACGGCUCCCUCCCCGCCCGAGGUCCCGCAUGCCUCUGCCGCUCCCGCCGCUGUUCCGCCCGUCUCUCCACCGCGUCCGUGCCUUGGGCCGCCCGCCCGUACGCGCCCUCAUGAACCUCCGGGAGCUCGUUUCUGCCCUGAAUGACUUCGCAUCCCCCUCUCUGGCUGAAAGCUGGGACAAUGUGGGAUUGCUGGUGGAACCGAGUCCUCCCCACACUGUGAACACCCUUUUCCUCACUAACGACCUCACUGAGGAAGUGAUGGAAGAGGCAGUGCAGAAGAAAGCGGACCUCGUUCUUUCCUACCACCCUCCUAUAUUCACCCCGCUCAAGCGAGUGACGUGGAAAACCUGGAAGGAACGGCUGGUGGUCCGAGCCCUGGAGAACAGAAUCGGGAUUUAUUCUCCGCAUACGGCGUACGAUGCCGUACCUCACGGAGUUAAUUACUGGCUAACAAAAGGACUCGGUGCCUGUACUUCUGUCCCACUGCACCCAUCUACUGCGCCAAGCUCUCCAGCUGAGGGCACUCACCGGGUAGAGUUCUGUGCAGAUGCUGAGCAUCUGGAUGCAGUGCUGGCCAAAAUCAAAGACAUCCCAGAGAUCUCUUGUCUCAUUACUCUUCCAGCUAGGGUUGAAGGUGAGGAGCAAACACGAGUCAGUUUUACCUGCUCUCAGAAAGCACUGCUGGAGGUGGUGGCAUUAUUGUCCCAGAACAGCCUUCUUUACCCCAAGACUGAGAUUCUCUUGCUACAGAAGCCUCUUCUUCCCCAUACUGGAAUGGGACGCCUGUGCACGCUGAGUGAGCCGGUCCCCUUGUCAGACAUCAUCCAGCGUGUCAAAGGUCACCUGCAGCUCCCCCACAUCCGUGUAGCCCUGGGAGCGGGCAGGACACUCGAAUCACUGGUGAAGAAAGCUGCUCUGUGUGCUGGUUCUGGGAGCAGUGUCCUGAAGGGAACGGAAGCUGACCUCUAUCUCACAGGAGAGAUGUCCCACCAUGAUGUGCUGGAUGCAGUUGCCAAUGGGAUAAGUGUUAUUCUGUGUGAGCACAGUAACACUGAACGAGGUUUCCUGUCAGAGCUGCGUGAUGCACUUGCCAUCCACCUACAGAACAAAAUCAACAUCGUUGUGUCUGAGAAAGACAGAGAUCCUCUCCAGGUGGCAUAGGGGGAAAAAUUGGAGAGAGGAAAUUCAGUCAAUUAUCCUGUGUUAUCCUGCACAGAUUUAUCCAACUGCAGAGCUUCAGGAAGGUGCUUUCAAUUAGUCCAUGAAGAAGUCCUUGAAGACUAGAGUCAAUGAAGGUGCAUCCAAUCACAGAAUAGAUUGUAUUAUAUGGUCCCUCAAAGUCUGGGGUAUAUUUUGUCACGUCAGAAAAAUAAAUGUUUGUUUCGGAAUACCAAAGGCUCAUUUACUCAGUUACUGGACUGUACUUGAAUAAAUUUACUGUUACUGCUUAAUGUUAGUAGAUACAGCUAAUAACCAUGACACUCAAGGGUUGGUUUGGGUAAAAUACAUAAAACCUGACUUAUCUCCAGAUUUAAGUUUACGCAGCAGUUCUACCCUGCCACAGUUACGUUAAAUCAUGUCACUGCAAGUCACUAAUAUUUCACCUAAUAAAUUUCAGAAAUAGUAGUUAAUGUAAGAAUGGAGAUCAACUU